AUGUUGGAGAGUAAUUAUACCAUGCCAACUGAGUUCAUAUUUGUUGGAUUCACAGAUUAUCAGCCUUUCAGAGUCACACUAUUCUUGGUCUUUCUCAUAGUAUAUACCUUAACAGCAGUGGGAAAUAUUGGCUUAAUAAUCCUAGUUAAUAUGAAUUCAAGCCUUCAAACCCCCAUGUAUUAUUUGCUUAGCAACUUGUCUUUCUUAGACGUCAGCUAUUCUACAGCAAUUACUCCUCAAAUGCUGGUAAAUUUCUUCGCAUCCAGGAAGAGCAUCUCCUUCUAUAGCUUUGUACUGCAAAUGUUUUUCUUUGCUUGUUUUCCUGAUGCGGAGUGCCUUAUCCUGGCAGCAAUGGCAUAUGACCGCUAUGCAGCCAUCUGUAAACCAUUGCUCUACUGCACACUGAUGUCUAGGAGAGUAUGUAACUGCUUCAUUGUGUUGGCAUACUUAGGUGGAACCAUGACUUCAAUGGUGCAUGUCUGCUUCACAUUCAGGCUCCCCUUUUGUGGCUCCAAUAUUGUCAACCAUUUUUUCUGUGACAUC